AUGCCCUCCGCCAGUCCUGGUCCACGCCCCUCCGCGCGCCUCUUUCUCUCCGCCCUCCACCAGCCCAUCGCAGCCCUUCGCAUCCAACUCACAGGCGCACCGUUGCCGACAUCCGACCCAUUCAGAGCGCAUAUAUCGACCGCGCACGCGCACCGCGAUAACGAUGAAGUCCGCGUCCUCCAGAUCGCAAUCGAGGGCUGCUGCCACGGCGAGCUCGACGCUAUCUACGCCCGCAUAGCCGCGCUCGAGCAGGAAAACGGGUACAAGGUCGACCUCCUCCUCGUAUGCGGUGACUUCCAGGCGGUCCGCAACCUGCGCGACCUCCAGUGCAUGGCCGUGCCGGACAAGUACAAGCAGCUCGGCGGUUUCGCCAAGUACUACUCCGGGGAGGCGGCCGCGCCGAUCUUGACGGUGGUCAUUGGAGGAAACCAUGAGGCGUCGAACUACUUCUGGGAGCUGUACCACGGUGGAUGGCUCGCCCCGAAAAUCUACUUUCUUGGGCAUGCGGGGUGUGUCCAAGUAAAUGGGGUGCGCAUUGCAGGGGCGUCGGGCAUCUUCAAGUCCCAGGACUUCCACCAAGGGUACUCGGAGCGCCUCCCGUACACCCACGGCUCAAUGCGGAGCUUAUACCACAUCCGCCAGUUCAAUGUCCUCCGCCUCUCCCUCCUCACAUCACCCACCGUCUUCCUAUCGCACGACUGGCCGCAGGGGAUCGAGCACCACGGCGACACGCGCGGCCUCCUCCGCCGGAAGCCGUACUUCCGCGACGACAUCGAAAAGGGCGCGCUCGGCUCGCCGCCGAUGAUGGGCCUCCUCCGCACCCUUCGCCCGCACUGGUGGUUCUCCGCGCACCUCCACUGCCGCUUCGAGGCCGCGGUGGUGCACACCGGCGGGGGUGGGCCUGCGGACGGACAUGGGCAGGCACCCGUGGAGAAGAGCGCGGAGAAGACGAACCCGGAUGAGAUCAACGUCGACGAUGACGAUGACGAUGUCGAGGCACAGGCCGUGCCAGCUCCAAGAGACCCGCCGCCUCCGACAGAGGACACUACACGAGUAAACCCGGACGAGAUCACACUCGAAGACGAGGAAGAGGAGGUCGAGGCUCCGCCGCCACCCCCGCCGGCGCCGACCGUCACCCAGUUCCUCGCGCUGGACAAGUGCCUCCCGCGACGGCAGUUCCUCGAGGUUGUCGACGUCGACGCACCCGCCGGCCCGCCCACGCUCGCCUUUGACCCUGAGUGGCUCGCGAUCCUCCGCGCCUUCAACGCGCACAUGUCCCUCACGCGCGCACAGGCGCAGUACCCCGACGAGGCCGGGGCGCGCGCCGCGGUCGCGCACGAGCUCGCGUGGGUGCACGAGCACGUCCUCGCGGGCAAGCCGGACGGGUCGCUCAGAGUCGAGGAUGUGCAGCAGUUCGUGCGGACCGCGCCGGGCCCGGGGAGCGAGGGCGCGCAGGCGAGGGUGCAGCCGCCGCACUACCCGAACCCGCAGACUGCGGCGCUGUGUGCGCUGCUGCAGAUCGAGAACAAGGUCGACAAGGUUGCACCGGCUGCAGCGGGAGGGCCGUCGUAG